AUGCAACCGGAGAAGGAAAUUUCCGAGCAUCAGAAACAAAGAUACCAUGAACUGGGUAGUUCUGAGAGGGUCUUUACUCAACAUGCUUCUGGUGUGGAGAAAAGUAAAAUACUAAAGGUUGAUGAAGGAUUGCUUUUGACCAUUAUGUGUAAACUAUUCAGUUUAUGCACUGGCACUGAUUUCGGUCACAUAAUGGAGCUCGAUGUGUCCAAGACGAGUGCAGAUAUGCAAGGUUCUACUACCAAGCUGAUGGUGUCAGAACUCCUGUGGACCUGUGGUGGAGAUAAUUCUGGACGAACUAUCUUACAAUAG